AUGGAUAUCGAAGUCAUGCCGCUACGCACAAACGUCCGCAAAGCAGACGUCUUACCUGCCUCGGAGCAAUCCAACGACAAAAUCCCGCACCAUCGCCUAGGUGACAGGCGACUGGCGAAGAUACUGACGACGGAUGUCGAAGAACAAAACGGCGCGUACUUUGUUAAAUCAAGAACACCCAGACAUGAAGCCAACGGCAUGAACAAGGCGCUUACGGCCCAGUAA